CCUUGCCGGGUGGAGGCCUGGGAGAGCUCGACAGGGAAUAAAACAGUGUUGGACAGUUUUAAAGAGUUUUGUUUGGGAGUCUAGGGGUUAUGAGCAUUCGAAAAGAGGUGAGUGAGAAGGGGAGUGGGGGCUAUUGGCAUCGGUGGAAACGGCGGCAGCAGCAGCAGCGGCGGCAACGGCGAAAGCAGAAGCAAAUACAACAAUAGUAACAACAACAACAUCAACAACAACAAUAAUGGAUGUAGAGCAGGGGUGUAUGGUAGAGGUGGUGGUUGUAGUAGACGACAGGCAAGGAAGGGGUGAGAUUGACGAGAAGGGUGGGAUGGUUGAUGGCGACGAGCAAGGAAUGGGCGAGAUCCACGAGAAGGUUGGGAUGGGUGACAACAACAAUGAUAACAACAACAAUAACGGCGGCGAGCAGCGACUGAGCGAACUAGCUCAGACGGGCAUGGAGGAGGAUAACAACAACAACAACAACAACAACAACAACAACAACAACAACAACAACAAGAGCGAUGACGUCAACAACAACAACAACAACAACAGUAACGAGAACAACGAUGAUAAUCAGGGACUGGGGGUAAAGGGUGAGGAGGGUGAGAAGGAUGACACUGUCAACAACACCGACGGUGAUAACAACAACAACAACAACAACAACUACAACAACAACAACAACAACAACAAUGACAACAGUAAUAGCAACAAGAACGACAACAUAAUUUACGGUGGCGGCGAUAACCAUAUCAGCAUCAUGGGAAAGAUGCCGCCAUCAGUACAGUGGGGGAUAAUUUGUGGCUUGUUGCAGCUGGUGAAGUGGGGUUCGAGGUUGAAGGGUGGGGAUAGGAUAGAGGAUCGCUCUGAGAUGAUUAGCCUUAAUUGCCUCUCAUCUUCCUAAUCCUCAACUUUUAAUCACGAAAGCACUGUUGAUGUUUACCUUUGGCUAUUGCUGUUGAGCAUAUGUGCAAAAUAUU